AUGGCAAAACUUAUACCAAAAGUUGGUUCACGAGGAAUGGGCGCAGAGUGCACGGAAAAGUGCACGAGAAUACCAAAAGGAGUUAUUCAUGUUCAAGCAAGUUUCAACAAUACCAUUGUUAUUUAUUCUGUAUGUACGGGUCGGGUAAUCUCUUGGUCCUCCGCUAGCACUUGUGGAUUCAAGGGUACAAGAAGGGGACCCUUUUGCUUCUCAAACCGCAGCGGAAAUGCUAUUCGAGCAAGAGUAGACCAAGGUAUGCAACGAGCGGAAGUUAUGAUAAAGGGUCCCGGUCUCGAAAGAGAUGCAUCAUUACGAGCUAUUCGUAGAAGUGUCUCCACAUAUGGCCCAGAGUGCGCAGCAGAAAAGGGAAUAUUGACAAGGGGGCAUUCUCGAAAUAAGUGGUCCAUUGUCUCAGCUCUUUCACCACACCUGGGACAACUUGUAGAUAGUUUCAUGAAAGUCUCCAAAUUGUAA